AUGGCCUCCAGACUUGUCCUUCGCUGCUUCCGACCAUUCCGGCCAGCCGGGCGUGUGAGAUGCCAAAGAUUCGGAGUCGAUUGCGCUUCGCGCCGGUGGAAGGCAGUAGAACCCUCCACAAUGCCUUCGUCGAAAACAGAGCAACCCGAUAUUAAUUGGACAGCCCUUUCAGAAGAAGAUGCUGAGCUGUUCGAGUCCUUGCAGUCGGCGGUGUCAGCUCUGGGUGACGAGGCAGAUCAUCCGAUGAUUGAGGUUCGCGACAAACUGGCCGUUGCCUUUCGAGACAAAGCUGCCUUGCUCAAGCGAAACUGGACAGAUGAAAUGUUCCAAGAAGGCCAGCAUCUCAAUGAAGAAAAAGUUGCUGAGAUAGAGGCUGCAAUGGCAACGGACCUGGGUAGUUUCGGCGGCGGAUUGCAGAAUGGUCAGAAUCUGGGAAAUGCAUUGGAUCUUGUAGGUGCGUACAUGAAGAACUACAAGCUUGAUAAAGCGGAUGCAGUGUUGGCAAAAUGUGGUCCCUUCGUGUCGCACCGCGGCGGUGUUUGGAUGGUCAAGUGGCUCAACCACGUUUCAACGGUGCGCAUGAAGCAAAGCCGACACUUGGAAGCCCUGGAAAUGCUCUAUGACCUCGAAAUGUACAGUCCCUACAACUCACAGGAGGCUCCCGAGUUCUUUACAACACUGUACCGGAAUCAGGCUUGGGCCUUGAAAGCCCUGGGAAGAGUUGAAGAGGCAGCAAUGUACUUCAACAGGAUGGCUUCGGCGUCUAAGCACUCCAAGGGGGACCUGGACUGGUUUGACAAAUGGGACCUUGGGAAAGUCGCUGCGGCGCGAGCUUGGCGAGAUGGUGACAUGAAGGCCUUCUACCUGGCUCGAUCGCUGGUAGAGGAGGCCCUGGAGCUUCAAAUUCUGCAAGAGCCAGAUGAUUUGGUGAUGAGAGCAAAGGUCCACGACUCCUUGGCGGAGUGCUUCCUUAUCGUAAAGGAACAUGCGAAAGCCGACGAGCACUAUUCAGCGGCAUACAAGCUGCUGCUCGACACAGUAGGCAAUCAAUCACCCCUAUAUGGCAAGCAAGCUCGGCACUUGGCCAAUCUGCGGAUAGAGGAGGGACGGUACGCAGAGGCCUUGCCAUUGCUCAGUGAAGCCUUAGAGGUGGAGUCAAGCAAGGAUGCGGUCAAUGUAACGGAGCUGUUGGAGCUGGAGCCAGCCUCAGCGUAG